AUGAGCUCAUACGACCGCUAUAAGAGGAAGAGAAAGCGUACCGCUCCCGUAGAGGAAGUCGGCCCCAAGUUGCGCUUAGAAUCUGUCAAAAAUGUGCCAAGCCACGACGAAAUCCCCGAGGACGAGAAGGUAGCCAACUACCUCAACAAGCUCAGGAAGGAUGUGAAUUCCAGCACGUUUCUCAAGUUGGUGGUAUCCUCGUCCGAAGCUGAAUAUUUUGAUGCCGAAAGGGUCCAGUAUAUCAAGGAAACCUUUAAAAUCCACGACAUCACUGUUUCCCCACCGGUGGCUGGAUCCAUCGAUAGAUUCAUCUCCUUGGUGGGAACUGCCCAGGAAAUCGUCCGUGGAGCAUUGUUUGUUGCAUUCAUCUUGAAUGCCAAGUUGAAUAACUUUGCUAAGAACCAAUUGUACACCUUGAAGUCCAACAACUACAGAUUAUCACUAUUGGUACCACCAUCAAUCCCUCCAGCCAAAGCCCCCUCUUCAGUAACCACGUCGAUCACUUCAUCUCAUCACCGUAAUGAAAGUGAGGUCCUCAGUUUGCACGCCAUUUCCGGUGAUUUCACAGGCUGUUUUCACGCAUUAAUGGGAUUGGCUGAGGUGAUGGCAAAGGCCAAUUAUCUUGAGGAUGCUAAAAUCACUCACUUGAGACUAUUCGGUAAUACCACAGACCCCAACUUUUUUCAAAGAUCGGAGACCAAAGAAUCCGUUCUAGUCAAGAACAAAAGCAGAUUGUUGGAAUUUGUGGGCGAGGCCAGGUGA